GUUUUCCCUCCGUUCAUUGAGCUUUCGCAGCUUUCGAGCAAUAUUCUUAUUCCCUCCAUUCUUUUCAAUCUGGACUCGCCUUUAAGGCUUUAUGGGCCAUAUGGCCACAAGCCGCUCCUUCUAUGAUGUUCUCGGUAUAGCGCAAGACGCCUCGCCUGACGCAGUGCGUAAAGCGUAUAAGCGUAAGAUACUGCAAACGCAUCCUGACAAAUUGCCACCCAAUGUCUCGGACUACCAACGCCAAAAGGCCGAAGCUUUAUUCAGAGAUGUUCGAACGGCAUUCGAUGUCUUAAGUGACCCGGCGAAGCGCAAGGUGUACAAUAACGGUCUCAACUAUCUACGCGGUCAAGCGUACCAUGACGAACUUCAAAACAAGCUGGCACGCGAGAGGGAAGAGUGGUCCAGGCAGGCUGCACAACGUCACGCCGAGCGCAUGCAGGCUAUGAAGAGCGACACCCGUGCUAGCCAAUACGCUCGUCAGGAGCAAGUGCGUGCCCGCAAUGAAAGCCAGCAGCGAUAUCAGGAGCGGAUGAAACAGGCGGAAGAGAAAUACAGGCAAGAAGUGCGAAUAUUGGAAGAGCAGUUGCGAGCGAGUAGGGAGGAGAUGCGACAGAGCAGACAGGCCAUGCAGCAGGUGCCACCUUCAACGACACAAACCUUCGUAGAGGCGGACGAGAUGCUGCGGGAGCUUAGGGUGUUGAAUCCCGAAUGGGAAGCACGCAGGCAGGCUGCGUUGCGGCGUCGAGCAGAGCGAAUGAAUAGCCAGGACAGUAUUUAGGAUUUAUUCGUAUUCUGAAUCCAGAAUGUGUUCCUUUGGUUUAGUUGUUGCUAUCGUUAGGCUAUCCAGAGGUUAUCGGACCUGUAUUUAUACAUACCCAUAUGUACCUUGUGCUCUCGUACGGACAAUACCAAAAGUGCGGUGUGCU